GCGGAGCGGGGGCCGGAGGGCCGGACAGACCCACCCACCCCAAGGGCAGAGGGGCCGGAGGACCGACGGGGGCCCGGGACCCCAAAGCCUCCCCUCCCACCCCCCACCCCCAACUGGGGGGCCAGUCCCCAAGAUGAGCCGGCUCUCCCUGCCAUGGCUGCUGUGGACCACCCUGGUGAUGACCACAGCGCUGACUGCGGCCGUGCCCGUGGAUGGAUCAGGUGACAACCGGGGCCUCCGGGUGACCAUCGCGGCCGUCGGCCCCCUUCGGCCGCCCUUGGCGGGCAGCGUGUCCAUCCCUUGCCACAUAACCUAUCUGCAGCUGCCGCCCCCCGCCCCCGCCUCUGGCCGCUCACCUCGGGUAAAGUGGACCUUCCUGGCUGGUGGGCGGGAGACGGAGAUCCUCGUGGCCCGAGGAGUCAAGGUGAAGGUCAGCGAGCCGUACCGCCGCCGGGUGGCCCUGCCCGGCUACCCAGCCGACCCCACCGACGCCUCUCUGACCCUCAGCCACCUGCGCACCAAUGACUCCGGCCUCUACCGCUGCCAGGUCCAACAUGGCCUGGAUGAUGGCCGGGAUGCCAUCGAAGUCAAGGUCAAAGGGGUGGUUUUUCUGUACCGCGAGGGCACGGCCCGCUACGCCUUCUCCUUCUCGGCGGCCCGGGACGCCUGUGUCCGCAUCGGCGCCGCCAUCGCCACCCCGGACCAGCUGCGGGCGGCCUACUGGGGCGGCUUCGAGCAGUGCGACGCGGGCUGGCUGGCCGACAGGACCGUGCGGUACCCCAUCCAGACCCCACGCGAGGCCUGCUUCGGGGACAUGGACGGGGUCCCGGGCAUCCGAAACUACGGCACCGUGGACCCCGAGGAACUGUACGACGUGUACUGCUACGCGGAGGACCUCCAGGGAGAGCUGUUCCUGGGCGCUCCUCCGCAGAAGCUGACCCUGGCUGAGGCCCGGCGGUUCUGCCGAGCUCGGGGCGCCGCCAUCGCCACGACGGGCCAGCUGUUCGCCGCCUGGAGCGGCGGGCUGGACCGGUGCCGGCCGGGCUGGCUGGCCGACGGCAGCGUCCGCUACCCCAUCGUCAGCCCCCGGGCGCGCUGCGGCGGCGGGGCCCGGCCCGGCGUCCAGACCGUCUUCCUCUUCCCCAACCAGACCGGCUUCCCCGACGCAAGGAGCCGCUUCGACGUCUACUGCUUCCGAGAGUCCGUCCGGAGCCCCACGGCGGAACCCCGGGACCUGGCGGCUUCCGACGGCGCCGGGCUGGCGGAGCUGGUGACCGUGUCGGCCGAGCUGGCCGAGCUGACCUUGCCGGGGCCCCGGGGGGCAGCGGAGUCCCGGGGGGCCAUCUACUCCAUCCCCCUGCCCCUCCCCCCGCCCGAUCCCACGGAGCCCCCCGGGGACCCCGCCGACGGCCUGGACGCCCCCCUGAAGGCCGAGCCCGACACCGACCUGCCCUUGGCGGCCCUCACGGCCGACCCAACCCCCGAGGAGCGUACUGAGCCCCACCUGCGCCGCCGCCACCACCACCACCAGGCCGCCCGCGGGACCCUGCCCGGAGCUGCUGAAUUGGGUCCGGCGCCCACCGCCGCGCUAGUGACAGCGGGGGAGGAGCCGGAGGACGGAGAGGAGGAGGAGGAGGCAGAAUCCCCCCCCGAGCUGCCCCCCACAGGCGGCUGUGAGCCCAACCCGUGCCAGAACGGAGGCACGUGCUAUGAGGAUCCGGGCGCGGACCGCGGAGCCGGAGGGGCCGGGAUCAGCUGCGUCUGCCUCCCGGGCUACGGGGGGUCGGUCUGUGAGCUCGAGCUGGCCCGCUGCGGCCCCGGUUGGGACGGCUUCCAGAGCGGCUGCUACCGACACUUCCCGGUGCGCAGGUCGUGGGCGGAGGCGGAGAAUCAGUGCCGCCGCCUGGGAGCUCACCUCGCCCGGAUCGGCACGGCCGAGGAACAACGAUUCGUCCACGAGCGAUACCCGGAAUAUCAGUGGAUCGGACUCAACGACCGGACCAUCGAGGGCGAUUUCCAGUGGUCAGACGGCACCCCGCUGCUGUACGAGAACUGGCAGGCGGGGCAGCCGGACAGCUACUUUCUGUCCGGCGAGGACUGCGUGGUCCUGGCCUGGCACGACGGAGGCCGCUGGAGCGACGUCCCCUGCAACUAUCACCUGCCCUUCACCUGCAGGACCAGCUUGGUGACCUGCGGGCCGCCCCCCGAACUGGCCAGGGCCGUGCUGACCAGCCGCCCCCAGCAGCGCUACGGGGUGGGCGCCGUGGUCCGCUACCGCUGCCGCGCGGGGCUGGGCCAGCGCAACGCGCCCCUCAGCGUCUGCCGCUCGGACGGACGCUGGGAAGCGCCCAAAAUCACCUGCCGGGCCCCCGCCGCCCAGGUUCCCAAAGACACCCCAGGAAGAGACACCUUGGAAGAGUGGCCGUCGGGCGGGGGCUGCUGGGCCUCGGGAGGUCGGUGUUGAAAGAAGGAGACGUGGCGGGGGAGCGGAAUCUUCCGGGGACCCCAACCCCUUCCUCACUGAUUAGAAGUGACGUCGGGGGACAAAGGCCGGGAAAAGCUCCAGGGCAGGCUGGGAUUAACUGUGUUCCCCACAACCUCCGCUCUCUCACUUUCCUUUGGGGUGCAAAGGGCCAGAGAAGGAUGUGUCCCCCCACCCCAAAUAAAUCUGCAUUGCCCCUGCAAC